AAGACUACACUGUAUUUUAUUCUCAUUUUAACAACAGUACUCUGUCUAUAAUAGACCUUCCUCAGUUGAGUUAGCUCUCUAUUAAUACUAGAACUUGUAAUGAAAGUGCAUCCUCUACCUACUUGAGUUGACUAUAGAGAUCUUGGUCAUCUUUGAUCCAAUUUUUCAUUGAGGUGCUAUACAGAAUAACCAAUCAUAACUUAGAAAGGUGCAAUCUCCAGCUAUUUUCUUGUUUGAAAAACAGGGUAUUAUUAUUUGGGGUUUGGGAAUAUUGCAAUGGAAGGUAAACAGUUUCUGUUGAAGUCAAUGGUAACUUUGAUAGUGUUAUUCCUUCUUGUUGGUCACCCAACUCCAGCAGUUUCUGAACUCUCAUCCGAUGGCUAUGAGAUGGUGUUACCCACAUCGGUUGCAACUCGUGGCAGCCUUGGGUGGCUACAUAUGAAUGGUGGAAGAGUAAGUAUGGAGGAUUCGGAGGGAAGAUUCGUCGGCCUAAGUGAUCGGAGGAGUCUAAGAUCGAAUCCGUUGCGGCCACCAUCUCCUCAUCAAAGUCCAACAACAAAAUAUAAAUCCCCUCCUCCUCGGCCACCACCUCCUCCUCCUCCUCCUCCUCCUCCUCCUCCUCCUCCUCCUCAUAAUUUGGGGACUUCCUCCCAUCCUAUCAUGGAUGUUGUAUUCUUGUAUUCUAUGUAA